UCCCCUCUGUCUCUCCCUGCCGAAGACCGUAGCACAGUUUUCCAGCUCUCUCCUCACUAAAAGUCCGCACCGACUCCGGGACAGCUGAUUGCAGGGAAUAUAAUCCAAAAGGAAUAAAGGCAGCAGAGGGAGAGGGUGGAGGAGGAGGAGUAGCAGUCCAUUCGACAUAAACCGUGACCGUUAUCCAGGGAAGUGGGGUCUCCCCAAAACCUGAGCCAUGAGUCGCAGCAUCGUGCGGCAGAGCAAGUUUCGUCAUGUCUUCGGCCAGGCGGUAAAGGCUGAGCAGGGUUACGAUGACAUUCGUGUGUCCAAGGUGACAUGGGACAGCUCCUUCUGCGCCGUCAAUCCAAAGUUCUUGGCAGUCAUCGUUGAAUCCAGUGGAGGAGGAGCGUUUCUGGUCCUGCCCCUUUCUAAGACAGGUCGUGUGGAUAAGAACUACCCGCUGGUGAUUGGUCACUCUGGACCCGUCCUGGAUAUCGAUUGGUGCCCUCAUGAUGACAAUAUCCUGGCCAGCUGUUCGGAGGACUGCACUGCAAUGGUGUGGCAAAUUCCAGAUCACGCUUUGACCCGCCCCCUGUCGGACCCGGUGGUGGUCUUGGAGGGACACUCCAAACGAGUCGGCAUUGUCAGCUGGCACCCCACCGCACGCAACAUACUACUCACUGCAGGCAGUGACAACCUGAUAAUUAUCUGGAACGUGGGGACAGGUGAACCCCUCAUCUCCAUGGACGACCAUCCAGACCUCAUCUACAGCGUCAGCUGGAACCGUAACGGCAGCUUGUUUUGCACCACCUGUAAGGAUCGACGUCUGCGUGUCUGUGAUCCCCGCAAAAGAGAAGUGGUGGCGGAACGUCUGGCUCCACAUGAGGGCAUCAGGCCAAUGAGAGCAAUCUUCACCAGAGAUGGAAACAUCUUCACUACAGGAUUCACCAGGAUGAGUCAGAGAGAGCUCGGCCUCUGGGACCCGACAAAUUUUGAGGAACCUAUUGCACUUUUGGAGUUGGACACAAGUAAUGGAGUAUUGUUACCUUAUUACGAUCCAGAUGCAAAUAUGGUCUACCUCUGUGGAAAGGGGGACAGCAGUGUCCGGUACUUUGAAAUCACAGAGGAACCACCGUAUGUUCACUACCUCAACACCUUCAGCAGCAAGGAGCCCCAGAGAGGGAUGGGCUUCAUGCCCAAAAGAGGUGUUGAUGUCAGCAAAUGUGAGAUUGCCAGGUUGUAUAAGCUGCUUGACAAGAAAUGUGAGCCCAUCACAAUGACAGUGCCCAGAAAAUCGGACCUCUUUCAAGAUGAUCUGUACCCAGACACAGCAGGACCCGAGCCCGCCAUGGAACCCGAGGAGUGGCUUGAUGGCCGAGAUGAAGAUCCCAUCCUGGUGUCCAUGAGGCAGGGCUACAUGCCGCCGAAGAGCAGAGAGCUCAAAGUGGUGAAGAAGAACGUCCUGGACUCCAGACCCACCACCCGACGCAGCAUGUCCACUUUGGACACCAACAGCCUGCCGCCUCAGCUGCUUGAGAGGUUACUGGAAGAGAUUCAGAAUCUGAAGGCCACAGUGUUGUCUCAGGAGAAGAGAAUCUGUGACCUGGAGAAUAAGCUUUCCCAGUACACCAAUGGCAGUGCCUGAUGUGCAUGUAAACAUGGUCUGAAGAACUGGUCUGAAUAUUAUUGACGAGGAUUCACUCUUGUGAAUGCUUAUGAAUGUGUACAAGUGACCAUUUGACAGUUUUGAGGAAAUUGCAUCUGUACCCCUUUCGAUGGUUGAUUAUAUAAAAUCUUUAUCCCGGUUUUACCUUUCAUUCUACUGCAGGAUAUUUUUUGGCAUAGUCACAAUUUUACAGCGAAAAGGACGGAGGUGAGGUUUGUGUGAAGGCACUGUAAGUUUGAGAGUGUAAGUUGGGUUAAAGGGAUAAAAAAAAGGUUUCUAUUAGAGAAAAAAAAAUGCAAGCGCAAGACUUUUAUAAUUUGCUUCUAUAAAAAAUACAGGCCCGCUUCAAACCUGCCCACACAUCCUCCCACUGCAUGUGGAGUCACGCUUAUAGCUUUGGAAGGUCUCGAAGUUAAGAAGAAACAUUAACAGAGACAUUUCCCCUCAAAUCAGGAUCUGGAUUGAUUAAUACAGUCAUCACAUAGAGUGAAUUAAGAUCAUUCCUCAGCUGGUUUAAGCUGCCUGUUCUGAUUCAGCUGCAGAAAUUAAAACAACCUUUCUUAACACUUUUUUUGGUUUUACUUAGACAUCUGUGAAAAUAACUCAAAACUGACAACAACAACAACAAAAAAAAUUUGAAAUUUUAAGUUAGCAAGUCAAAUAUCUUAAUAAUAUAAUAACCCCAAUUCUUGACUAACACAUGGCAAAAAAGGUGUUUGUUUUUUUCAAUUUUAAGAAAAAAAACAGCAGCAGAAACAGGCUUCCAUACUUUCUAGGUUUAAAAAAAAAAUCAUCUUUAUAACAGAAAUACUAAUAAAGUUUAUAUACAAAGCAUUUUUUGAGGCCAAAGUGUUUUUCAGGAAGCUUCAGAUAAGUCAGGAAAAAAGUUAAAAACAUGAAAAGCACAAAUAAACAUUACUUUAGAAGAUCCUUUUUUGAAGCUCGAAUUCACGUUCAUUCUUUUAUUUGUGUUUGCUGUGCUACGCACAUGCUAAGACCAUCACAUGCCGUAUUACAGAGCUAGUUCAUGUCAAACGACAGAACUCAUAGUAUUUAUGGGGAUUUGUUUCCUGUUUCCUACACAAAACACGUGCUGACCUGUGAUCGUUGUGCACUCAUGUCGAGGGCCUCGUGACCUCACCAAAACUAAAUCAGUUUAGAAAGUUAAUGCAGGAGACCCUCGAAGCGGCGUGAGAGUGUGCACGGACUGGCUUGGAAUCGGGAUGCUGCAGUGGACAUGCUUGCACCAUCACUAAACACUCACAAAAAGCCACACAAACAAACAAGGACACAUUUCAGCAUUUCAACCCCCUGUGUCGCAGAUGACCAGUUUAUUUAAAUAAUGCUCAGAAAAAUUUUCAAUAUGUAAAUAGUGAUAAAAGGAAACGGGAGAAGAAAAUGUAGCAAAAUGUGAAAAGAGAAACGUUUUGUUGUGUAAAGGUUAUACAUUAGACACAUUAUGACAACAAUAAAAAGUGUUUUUUUUUUA